AGCGAGGGCCUGAGGUCGCGGAGCCGGGUCCCAAAGCAUGGCGGGGGCGGGGCCGGGGGAGGCGCGCGCAGAGCCGGCUGGGGGUCCCUAACCCCGGCCCUCUGAGCCGGGACCCACAGAGAUGUGACAAUGGAUCAUCAUGUUUCCACCAUCAAACCUCGAAGAAUCCAGAACCAAAAUGUCAUCCACCGCUUGGAGCGCCGGCGCAUCAGCUCGGGCAAGGCAGGCACCCACUGGCACCAGGUCCGAGUGUUCCACCAGAACGUCUUCCCCAACUUCACGGUGGUCAACGUGGAAAAGCCGCCUUGUUUCCUGCGAAAAUUCUCACCCGACGGGCGCUACUUCAUCGCUUUCUCUUCGGACCAGACGUCUCUCGAAAUCUACGAGUACCAGGGCUGCCAGGCGGCCGAGGACCUGCUGCAGGGCUACGAGGGGGAGAUCCUGUCCAAUGGCAACGACCAGCGGUCAGUCAACAUCCGCGGGCGGCUCUUUGAGCGGUUCUUUGUCCUGCUGCACAUCACCAACGUGGCGGCCAACGGGGAGCACCUGAACCGGGAGUGCAGCCUCUUCACCGACGACUGCCGCUGUGUCAUCGUGGGCUCCGCGGCCUACCUCCCGGACGAGCCCCACCCUCCUUUCUACGAGGUGUAUCGGAACAGCGAGUCCGUGACCCCCAACCCGCGGUCCCCUCUGGAGGACUACUCCCUCCACAUCAUCGACCUCCACACUGGCCGCCUGUGUGACACGCGCACCUUCAAGUGCGACAAAGUGGUCCUGUCUCACAACCAAGGGCUGUACUUGUACAAAAACAUCCUGGCCAUCCUGUCGGUGCAGCAGCAGACCAUCCACGUCUUCCAGGUGACCCCCGAGGGCACGUUCAUCGACGUGAGGACCAUCGGCCGCUUCUGCUAUGAGGACGACCUGCUCACGGUGUCCGCCGUGUUCCCGGAGGUUCAGCGGGACAGCCAGACAGGCAUGGCCAACCCUUUCCGGGACCCCUUCAUCAACUCGCUGAAGCACCGGCUGCUCGUCUACCUGUGGCGCCGGGCGGAGCAGGAUGGGAGCGCGAUGGCCAAGCGGCGCUUCUUCCAGUAUUUUGACCAACUGCGGCAGCUGCGCAUGUGGAAGAUGCAGCUUCUGGACGAGAACCAUCUGUUCAUCAAGUACACGAGCGAGGACGUGGUCACCCUGCGGGUCACAGACCCGUCACAGGCAUCUUUCUUCGUGGUGUACAACAUGGUGACAACAGAGGUGAUCGCGGUGUUUGAGAACACGUCCGAUGAGCUGCUGGAGCUCUUUGAGAACUUCUGUGACCUCUUCCGGAACGCCACCCUGCACAGCGAAGUCCAGUUUCCCUGCUCAGCUUCCAGCAACAAUUUUGCAAGGCAGAUCCAACGCCGGUUCAAAGACACUAUUGUAAACGCCAAGUAUGGAGGGCACACCGAGGCAGUCCGCCGGCUGCUGGGCCAGCUCCCCAUCAGUGCCCAGUCUUACAGCGGCAGCCCCUACCUCGACCUGUCGCUCUUCAGCUACGAUGACAAGUGGGUGUCAGUCAUGGAGCGGCCCAAGACGUGUGGCGAUCACCCGAUCAGGUUCUAUGCUCGGGACUCUGGUCUGCUCAAGUUUGAGAUCCAGGCAGGCUUACUGGGCCGCCCCAUCAACCACACAGUGCGCCGCCUUGUGGCCUUCACGUUCCACCCCUUUGAGCCCUUUGCUAUUUCCGUGCAGAGGACUAACGCCGAGUACGUCGUCAACUUCCACAUGCGGCACUGCUGCACGUAGGGCCUCCCGCAGCCAGGCUCUCUGGUCUUCCCAGACGUUCCCUCCCUGCCCGUGGGCGCAAGCACACGCUCCUGACCAGCAGCGCUGUGGGUUCCGGAUGGCCCGUGCACCUCCGACGGGGCGGGCUGAGAGGGCAGUGCGGGCGGCUCCGCCUGUCAGAAGUCUGUUGCGUCCAGAAAAAACUACUGAUUGUCUCAGAGCCCUCUUGCGUUUCCCUGUGGGAAUGUCCGGCACUAAUCAAGUUCAGUCAUUUUUGUUUUAAUUUGCAUUUCAUUGCUGUGACGAUGAGAGCAUUACCCCCUUCGUGCCCCUUCCUUGGCAUUAUGUGUGCAUUCGGUAGCAGGUAACUCACGUUGACUCACGAGAACUGUGUACACCCUUUCUACUUAGCCAGCAAGCAGGGCGAUCUUUAUAAGAAAACAGAAUAAAGCCUUGGUAUUUUCUUACGUAAAUA